CGGGGCCCAGGGAGGAGCGCGUCUGCGGCUGUCUAUGGGCGACAACGGCUGAGGAGCCGGCAAUGUCCUCCUCUCCUCCGGCUCCGUCUUCUCCGCUCCCUCCGCCCUUUCCCCGGCAGGAGUCGCUGGCCUCGCCGACGGUGCUCAACCCCUUCGUGCAGGAGGCGCGCCUGGACCCGCAGGCCAAGACCCGGGCUAUCCUCUUUGGCCUUAUUCUGGUCCCAUUGCGGCUCAUCUGCAUGUUUCUCAUUUUGGCAAUGGCUUGGCCCUUUGCAUUGCUGGCAACUUUCGGUGCUCCGGAGAAGGGGACGAUGCCACUUCAGGGAUGGAAAAGGAAAGUCUCCUAUUCCGCCCUCAUCUUUCUUGGCCACGUCCUCUUCUUUGUGAUGGGCUUCUGGGUCAAAGUGAAGGGCAAAGUCGCCCGUCCCGAAGAGGCGCCAAUUUUUGCAGUCGCCCCUCAUUCAAGCUUCUUCGAUGGCAUCGUGUGUAUCGUGGCCGGUUUGCCGUCAACGGUGUCGAGGCAAGAAAACCUUAUGGCACCCUUUGUUGGUAGAAUCCUCAACUCACUCCAACCCGUUACAGUAUCUCGAGUUGACCCAGAUUCUCGGAAGAAUACAAUAGAUGAAAUAACGAGACGAGCGACUUCAGGAGGCCAGUGGCCCCAGGUAUUGGUUUUUCCAGAAGGAACGUGCACAAAUCGUUCGUGUCUGAUCACUUUCAAGCAAGGGGCAUUUAUUCCUGGUGUUCCUGUUCAGCCGGUGCUUAUUCGGUACCCAAACAAAUUGGACACGGUCACAUGGACUUGGCAAGGAUACAACUUCAAUGAGGCCUUAGUCCUUACUCUCUGCCAGCUCUUUACCAAGAUGGAAGUGGAGUUCCUCCCUGUCCACAUUCCAACCGACGAAGAGAAGCACGACCCAGCCCUUUUUGCCAACCGAGUCCGUAGCAAAAUGUCCAGUGCUUUGGGUGUCCCUGUUACGGAUCAUACGUACGAAGACUGCAGGCUCAUGAUAUCUGCAGGGAACCUGACUUUGCCCAUGGAAGCUGGCUUGGUGGAAUUCACGAAAAUCAGCAAGAAGCUGAAUCUGAAAUGGGACAAUAUCAGAGAGCAGUUGAGUCAGUUUGCAGCCAUCGCCAAUGCUUCCAAAGGCGGCCGGAUCGGAAUCGAGGAGUUUGCCAACUACUUGAAGCUUCCUGUCUCUGAGGUCCUGGGGGAGCUGUUUGCCCUUUUUGACAGAAAUGGAGAUGGUUCUAUAGACUUCAGAGAAUAUGUGAUUGGCUUGUCUGUUCUCUGCAAUCCUGCAAAUACGGAACAGACGAUUCAAAUGGCAUUUCAACUCUUUGACAUUGAUGAGGAUGGUAUCAUAUCAGAAGAUGAAUUUGCCUUAAUUAUCCGUUCAUCGCUUGGACUUCCUGAUCUUGACGUUUCUAACCUUUUCAAGGAAAUAGAUGCUGACAAGACCAACAAGCUGUCCUAUGAAGAGUUCAAGAAUUUCGCCCUGAAACAUCCUGAAUACGCCAAGCUGUUCACCACGUAUAUUGAGCUACAACGUAACCAGAUGUGCAUAGAGGCUGAAUUUGAACCUGCCGCCACUCCAAAUACUUCGGUUUCAGAGAAGAGCUCCGUGCCAAGGAAUAAAGUCUGCCCUCAAACCUCUGAAGAUGAUCACUCAAGUGUCUCAGAUAAAAAAGAAGACUGAAUCAGAAAGGCCUAAAAUAUCUAUAUUUUUAAUGUAAUCUUCCUAAGGAUUUAUUUUUUUGUAAUUCAAAUUUAUUUGUUUUUGGGUUUUUCUUGUGGGAUUUUUUUUUUUUUACAGAAGGUGAAAAUAAAUAUUUUCUUCGGUUUUUAAAAAACAAAGCCUAUAUUUCAAAGCUAUUUUUAAUGGAUAAAUUAUUGUAGUUUUGGUAUCAGGGUAGCAUGAAUUGCACAGUUUGCUAAUGGAGUGAAGAUCAAAUACAAAGUAUGAAAUGUUCCUUUGGAUGGGCAUAGAUCUUUGUAAUAGGGAUUUUUUUUCUCCUGGACCAGUGACCAAAUUUGUUAUCUCAGCUUCGGGGUAACUUUUUAAGCUUGUUACCAAAACUGAAGAGGGCUGAAAAAGGUGUUUCAUUAUUCGCUAUUCCGAACUAUACUUAAAUUAUGAAUAAAAGAAUGAACUUUGCAGCAUUUUUUAAAGUUUUAGCAUGACUAAAAUGUCUUUCCCUUCAAUGGUUUAGUGUUAACCCAUUAACUCUACCAUUCGGUGUUUCCAUGCUCUGAUUUAUUGGAGGGAGAGAACCUACUCGGAGGAUUUUGGCCUUGUAACCACACAGAAAAGCCAUUGUACAAUAUUUUUGCACUUUCCCCUCCACCCUACUGAAUAAAAAUAUUGCCAGA